CGUGGGACGGUGAAAAGCAAGACCUUCCGGGGCAGCAUGUUGCAAAGGAUAGUGCGCCCCUUGCGGCUGGGAUGCCACGCCCUCUCUGUGGCUCGGAGCCUCCACCAGUCUCCCCGGAGUCACAUCCCUCUCAUUCCCAUUGUAGUGGAGCAAACGGGCCGUGGCGAGCGAGCUUAUGACAUCUACUCCCGCCUUCUGAGAGAGCGCAUUGUCUGUGUCAUGGGCCCAAUUGAUGACAACGUUGCGAGCUUGGUUAUUGCACAGCUCCUUUUCCUGCAGUCGGAAAGCAACAAGAAGCCCAUCCACAUGUACAUCAACAGCCCAGGUGGUGCGGUAACAUCUGGACUGGCUAUCUACGACACCAUGCAGUAUAUCCUGAACCCCAUUUGCACAUGGUGCGUGGGGCAGGCAGCCAGCAUGGGCUCCCUGCUAUUGGCUGCGGGCUCACCAGGCAUGCGCCACUCUCUGCCCAACUCCCGCGUAAUGAUCCACCAACCGUCAGGUGGGGCACGGGGUCAGGCUACAGACAUUGCCAUCCAGGCCGAGGAGAUCCUCAAACUGAAGAAGCAGAUCAAUGCCCUCUAUGCCAAGCACACCAAGCAAUCCCUGGAUGUGAUUGAAGCUGCCAUGGAGAGAGAUCGUUACAUGAGCCCAGUCGAAGCCCAGGAAUUUGGCAUCUUGGACAAGGUGCUUGUUCAUCCUCCGCACGAUGGGGAAGAUGAGCCAGAGCUGGUUCAGAAAGAGGCGGCUCCUGCCCCUGCUCCCACCUCUUCCUCAGCUGAACCCUGAAGGAUCAACAACUUCCUCGGAUAUUUGUCGCGUCAGGAAUUAUUUCUGCAGCGCCAGCACUCUGAAGUGAGGACGGUGUUACCUCCCCAGGCUGGUUGGUUGGAGUCCUUGGAAUUGUUUGGGGGAUGUCUCCCCUUAGCGAGCCUUCUCUUAGCGGAGGGUCCCACAAGUAGCUGGCCAGCUGUGUUUACAGGAGCUGGUCUCUUUGCCAUUUUCUCCUCAGCUGAUCCAGUUUCCUUCACGCUCCUCCAGUUGCACCAUUGUAUAAGAGAGUGAUGUUUUUAAAUUAAACUUUGACCUCUGUGA